GUUAUGAAGCUGGUGAUGGAGUCUGGUUUAAAUCACGAGAGUAUGAAUCACGAGAGUAUGAAACACGCGCUUUUUGUUUCCCUCUCAGCUAGAUAAACGUGAUUUAAACGUGUUAUUUCAAAAAUGACUGACAACCGACUGGACGUUUUACGUGAGCGUAACAAAGAGUUAUUGAACCGUUUGAAGCAGCGGGGAGAGAAACUGGAGCGGCUCAACGGCUGCAGUCAGAGCCACAAGAGGGAGAGAGAGGGCGGCGCUGAGGAGCGGAGGGGGCCCGCAGAGACCCGGUCCGAUGGAGGCCGAGGUCCCGCCCGGGCCGCCCUCGCAAGACGGACAGUGAGAUUUACGGAUACAUGUGAGAGACAAACGGGCAUCCGCAGCACUAUUUCAACACCGUCUUCAACCUCCAAAUACAGACGAGGGACUUCUGAACAUGCAGCACCAUCAGACCAACUCACUGGAUCUGUCUUUGGAAUGAGGGAGGUUCGGAGUCGCGUCACAUUUCAGUCUGAUGAAUGUGAGGAGAUAUCUGCCUCGGACAGGCAUCGUGUGCAGCCAUUACUCGGGUAUGACUGGAUAGCAGGAGUCCUGGAUGCUGAGGACUCCUUGAUAGAGCGCUCUGAUGAGUUCUUCAAUGACCUUCACACAUUUCGAUCGCUCAAUAAAGACGAGUGUGUCCACAACCCACAAGAGAAAUUUCCUGAAGAGAACCUCUCAGUCCUGCCGCUGCUCACUGACAAGAACGAUCCAGAGGCGGACACAGCUACUCAUCAAUGUACGUUUUCUUACAGGAUUAACAGCCGACUGUUCCCUGUCCCACUUCACUCUCAGGAGUGCUGCCCGGUGUGCAAAGAGCACAAAUCCUCCCAGCCUCACACUACUGUUGAACCAGCUCUCAUCAGAGUCACCAUCCCUCGCUCCACCCUCUUGCCACCCUACAAGUACAAAGCUCAUCGCCGAUGCAGUUUUGACCCUUCUGAUAGUGUUGGGUUACCAUCGCACUGUCUCUCAGGCUGGUCGAACACAGGUCAGAGCACGCUGCCGCCAUCCAGCAGCCUCGAUCUGCAGAGCAGUCUGAAUAUGAAGAGCUCCACCGGGUCACAGAACAAGGAACUGGAGGACUCUGCACCCAAAGUAUCCGGUAAAGUCUCUGACCAGAUGUCAGAUCUGUCCUGUUUGGCUCGUCACAACUUCCAACACUUCUCUUCCAAAAGAAAACCAGGAAGCAUGUUUUACCCUUUGCACUGACAUUCAAUCACAAGUCUAUUUUGAGGUGAUAAUAGUAGUAGAGUGAUUUGAAGACACCCAAAAUGAUUUCCUUUUUUUGUGCUCCUGUUUUUACUCUCUGUAUUGUGUUUUGACUUUUAAAAUUGUAAUAAUGUUUUCUGAAAUAUUUCUGUUAAAUUUGUAUGUUAAAAUUAGAUUUUCAGAAUACAUGUCAAUGAUCUCAAAAGAGAAUGCAUUGACAUGUGUGUCUAAUCCUAAAUAAAGAAAUUUGAAACAUGAUAUA